UUUCAUUCUGUCCUCAUUCACCCACAGGCAACCGCUAUCCUGUACUACAGUAUGUGACCACGCCUCUGCGUGGCCAUAGCAGUGAUGAAUUGAAGAAUACCAUAGUGCUUCGCAAGUCAGCAAUGGCUGUGCCUCCCCAGGAGAAAGUGGGAGCACUCCCCAAGGCGAAGGUGGAGGCGCCCCCCAAGGCGAGCACGAGUAUGGAAGUGGCCUCCAGUGUGAAUGUGGGAGCGAUCCCCAAGGUGAGUGUGGAAGUGGACCCCGAGGCGAACAUGGAGGCGGCCCCCGAGGUGAAUGAAGCAACCCCCCAGGCAAGCAUGGAAGGGUCCGCUGAAGGGAGUGCGGAAGCAUCAGUUCAAGCAGGUGCGGAAGCACUCCCUGAUAGCGUGGAAACAUCCCCGCAAGUGAGCGUGGACAUGUCCCUCGAGGUGAGCGUGGACCCAUCCCCCGAGGUGAGCAUGGACUCGUCUCUCGAGAUGAGCACGGAUGCGUCCCCUGAUGGGAGCCUGCAACUGUCAUCUGAAGCAAGCGUGGAGGCAUCUACCAAGGCUGGUAUGGCAGCGUCCCCCAAGGCUAGUGUGGAAACGCUCCCCGAAGAGAGUGUGGAAGCAUCCCUUGAGGCUUUCCUGGAGAAACCAGAAAUGGACAAACAGGCCUCCAACCCUGGUACAAAGAAGCGCCCAUCGUCACACAUACCAUGUUAUAAAUGGCCAUCUUCUCCUGCAAGUGGGUGGCGCCCGCCCUCUCCCAUCAGUGUUAAGCAAAUGCAGAAGAAUCGCCCCCCGUCCCCAUCACCCGUCAGGUCGUCAAAACAGUCACAACCUUCUCUCUCUUACAAAGUAACUCCUGUUCAGCGUAACCUACUUGCGCAAAAUGCGUUAGGUACUCUUGGAAAGAAAAGAGAAGCAGUUUCUAAAAGCACUAGCAGCUCUGAAGCUGUGAGCCAAAAGCAGACGGUCUGCGAAGAACCUAGUGGUAAAAGCACACCAGGGACUAUGAAUGCUGAGGAGGCAACAAAAAUUUUGGCAGAGAAACGGCGCCUUGCUCGUGAACAAAGAGAAAAAGAAGAAAGACUACAAAAGGAAACAGAGGAAAGGAAGGUGAAGGAAAUGGCAGAGAAAGGAGUUGACACCCAAGGAGAAGAGUUCUCAAAACUCGAAGAUGGACAAAGACGCGAUGAAAUGAAGAAAGGAUGUACAGAUCCGGAAGACCAGAAAGUGCUGCUACAGAAGGGGGACACCAAAAUAAAAGCCGAUGAGGAGGCUGACAAACGCAAGAAGGAGCACGAGAGAAUUAUGUUACAGAAUUUGCAGGAGAGAUUAGAAAGAAAAAAGAGAAUUGAGGAAAUUAUGAAGCGGACAAGAAAGACAUAUUCAAAUACCUCACAGGCUGCAGAAACAUUUGGUGACAACACAUAUGAGGAGGACGAGGCAGAUGAUGAGGACGAGUCAGAAAGCGACGAUGACUCCUUCGAUGACCUACAUCCAUCAGCCUUUAUAAAUGGCAUGGAUUCAUCCACAAAAUUCAAAACACAUUUUAAAAACAUGAAGAAGAACACUCCCAAGCUGGUGUUUUUAGACGCCACUUCUGGCCAAGUCCAUAGAGAGACAAAAACAUUUUUUAAUGGCGACAUGAAAACCUUCAGACAAAAAAGUGCGAAAAACCCUUUGACUCAGGCGAAGGGUACCAGACCGUCUAGCAAAAGAAUGAGCAGCCGAGCAACAAAAACCAGAAAGGCAAGUGAAACCAGCAACACCGUGGGACCUAACAAAAGUGUACAUCCAGAGGCACAGGAGUGGAUCUGUGACAAGAUUGUUGACAUCAGAGAUGAGGCAGAGUCACUCAUGUCCAGUAUCCCUCCUGAUAGCCGAAAAUACCACCUGAAAGGUUCCAUCACAUUCCAUCAAAGUCCCCAGAUGCCUUUAGAUGACGAGAAAAACAAAUGUGUACCUCCUCUAUUGGAUAUGUAAACCUCGUGCAGCCCAGAGGAAGAUUCAUCCUCCGCUCUGGAUUUCAAUUGCUAGGCCCAUCUCCCCACAUUUCUCUGCCUCUGACUUGAACCUGGCCAAGAAACUGACCAUCCAAGAAGGAGAAAAACAUCAGUCACCUUAACACGUGUCUCAAAAGAUGCGCAUACCACCUUGAUUCUUGUCCACAGCAAGGGUUUUGAGUAAAGACCUGUUUUUGUUUGUCUGUAGAAACCUCCGCUGUCUUGUUCUUGUUUUCCAGCCGGUAUGUGUGAGUGUAUACACCAAGGGUGCCUUUUUAUCAAGUGGUAACUCUUGAGUUUCUAAACCAAGGAGUAAUUUUCUCUCUUAAAAUAAUGCUUAUUCUGUUUAACAGUUACAUUACUUUAACAAUUCAAAGCUGACAUUUGAUCUCAUAGACGACUUGAUGGGGGGUGCGAGGAACUCAGGAUUGCUCACAAGAGCUUUGCUAGAUUGUUUAUAAUGAACGGGAGGUUGCAAAAUAUAGUUAUAAGUUCCAUGUUAUGUAUGUUUUUAGCUCUGCCAUCACCGGAGUGCACAGGCCCCGGCACUCCCAAAAGCCAGGGGUCCUAGAAAGUGUCGUCUUGGGGCAGUUUAGCACCUUUCGUGCUUAUCAUCAGUCUUACCUUUUGAAGUGCACGGGGGGGUUUAUUUCCAAAAACGUGCACUGUUUUUAUUGUGCCUGCAGCACUAUGUGGCUGUUGUGUGGUGGGGCACGUGUCAUCCCCCCAGUGGAUUUUGGCGCGCCAUCUUUUUCUCCUCGUGCUCUCCAGUCCUGCCUUCGGUCUGCGCUCAGCCUUGACACGUGGAGCCGGACUUGCUCGGCCUUCUCUAACCACUGGCUGCAAGUGAGUACAAGAGCAGGGCCAUUCUUUCUUUGGUUGCCGUGAUAGAUAGGCGCGCAUGCGCGUGCGCACACACACACGUACACAUUUGCACACACGUUUGCAUGCAUGUGCGCACACACACGCACACUGGGAUAGCUUCCUGAAAUCCAUCAAAUUCUGCUUAAACCAGCAACUAAAACUUGAAGCACAAUAGUUGUCCUACUGCUGAUGAGUUUUGUAGUGAAUCACAAAGUUUCAAGCAGGCCCAUGUUCCUUUCUAGCCACCGGUCUUGGAUUAGUUAAAGGAAAGAAUUAUUCUUUCCGAUUCCUUAGUUCUUUGCCAUUCAGUGUACUGUACCAGUGUUACAGAUAGAGCUCGGUGCCUUAGAUUUGAAAGCUAUUUUUAUACACUAGCUCUUUCAUGAAGAAGGCAGAGACAAUCAUCCUAACAAAUGAGUUUCUGGUAUUUUUCUGCACAAAUGUCACAUGUUGGAACACUCCGUUAUUCUUCUGUUCAUAUGUGUGCUCUGUGAAAUAAACUUUGCAAAUAAA